GCAAAAUUAAGAAUUCUUAAGGAGUGGUUUAGUAAUCCGACAGCUCAUGCCGACCUCUCGGCCGAGUUAACGACGUGUUUCUACGAUCCUUUAAAAUACUCAUCACACGGACCACACUAGCCACGUCAAACACACAUGCUACUCCAACAACCAGGCGAUAACUACCAUUUUUCUUGAAACACCAAGUCAAAUCUAUUAAUAGUCGGACAGAUCGGAACUCUCUCUAGUUCUUACAUUCAUAUCUCCAAUGAUGCCUCGCCGUGACGCUUUCUUCCUCUCUGUCCUCCUUAUACUCGCCACCGUCUCCUCUAUCACAUCAGCCGACGAUGAACCAGAUUGUGUCUACACAUUCUACAUCCGAACCGGAUCCAUUUGGAAAGCCGGCACCGAGUCGAUCAUAAGCGCUAGGAUCUACGACAAGUACGGAGACUACAUAGGGAUCCGAAACCUAGAGGCAUGGGGUGGGCUAAUGGGACCAGGUUAUAACUACUUCGAGAGGGGCAAUCUCGACAUUUUCAGUGGGAGAGCGCCUUGUCUCCCGAGCCCAGUUUGUUCGUUGAAUAUCACCUCCGACGGCUCUGGUGACCACCACGGUUGGUAUGUUAACUACGUGGAGGUCACGACGGCAGGAGUUCACGCUACGUGCUCUCAGCAAAGCUUUGAAGUUGAGCAAUGGCUUGCGACUGAUACGUCGCCUUACGAGCUCACUGCUGUAAGGAAUAACUGUCCGGUGUCGCUUAGGGAGAGUGUCGGUCAGAUCGGGUCGGAGAUCCGGAAGACUCUCUCUUGGAUUGUAUGAAUCAAUGAAUGAAUGGAUGAUGUGUGUCUUGGAGACUUGUUCUAUGUCGUCUUGUGAACGUGUGAUGCCAAUAAAAGAAAAUAUGAUUUCGAUUAAAUAUUCUGUUUUUUUUUGGUUCUGUACGAUUUAAUCAAAUAUUUUGAGUUACAAGUGUAUUUUUUUGUUUUUUUUUCAUCUGAAAUUUGAUUAUUCAAACACACCUUAGAGCAUCCGCAACCGUAAGACUUAUAGAAGUCCUUAAGAAAAAGAGUAUUUUAGAUUUAAUAAGGAUAUUUCA